AGAAGGAAUCAAUUAUCUGGACUCAGAAUAGAGGAAAGAACCCUAGGCUCGUCGCCCGUCUCUGUAAAACCUUACAGCCGGAAGAUGCCGUUCAAGAGGUAUGUUGAGAUCGGGAGGGUCGCUCUCGUCAACUAUGGCGAAGAUUACGGAAAGCUUGUUGUGAUUGUCGAUGUCAUUGACCAGAACAGAGCUCUGGUGGAUGCUCCUGAUAUGGUCAGGUCUCAAAUGAACUUCAAGAGACUUUCUCUUACUGACAUUAAAAUUGACACUAAGAGGGUCCCUAGGAAGAAGGAGCUCAUUGAAGCCAUGAAGGCUGCUGAUGUUCAGAAAAAGUGGGAGGAUAGCUCUUGGGGGCGAAAACUUCUCGUUAAAAAACGAAGGGCAUCCCUUAACGAUUUUGAUAGGUUCAAGCUAAUGUUGGCCAAGAUAAAGAGAGCUGGAUUGGUGAGGCAAGAGCUUGCAAAGCUGAAAAAGAGUGAAUCUUAGAAAACCAUUUCUUUAUCUUCAAAUUUUGUUAGAGAUCAAUUUAAAUGUUGUGGAUUGUUCUCCCUUUUGCUUCUCAAGCACUUGAGAAUUUGGGUUGCUUCUGAAGUGCAUGGAGUUUUGGACAUCCAAGUGUAGUGAGUACAACUGCAUAUGCCUUUUGUUUUCUAUUUGUUUGUUUGUUUAAUGUCUGCUUCACUUGCUUGAACUUUCAUUUAGUAAGUAGUUCAAAAAGUAUAUGAUUGCUACCAGAUCUUAGUGCACUAUCAAACCAUUUUAUCAAAAGCU